UCCAAGCAGGGACAGGAAACUGUAUCUGGGACAAAAAAACCCAGUAAAAGAGAUGCUGAGUUACUCCCUCAAAUGCUGCCUGCACUGCUCUGUUUCAAAGCACGCAGUGCAGAGAGAAUUAAAUCAUAGCCCUGAGCAAGGAGCCUCCUCCUUUUAAUCACACCUGACAAUUUGCUUGGAAACAGAAGACGCAUAAAGACGCCCUUUGUAAACGAAAAAGCUCUACUGGAAUAUGACAAAAAGCAUGAGUAGAACAAAGGCAAAAAUGACGAUUCUGGAAGUUGGCUCAGGUUUUAUGAGUGAUGAAAAUAGUCGGGAAUGCAAAGGCAAAAAGAAAAAAAAAAAAAAAAAAAAAAGGUGGCAACGCCUCCUGGCCGGGCUAUAAAGGGCUCCGAGGCGGGGGAGCGAGCACUCGCUGCUGCUGCUGCUGCUGCGCUGCCGGGCCGCCUCUCUCCGCGCCUCCAGCAUGAGCACCACUGUCAGGCAAUUCUCCUCCUCCACCUCCCUCAAGGGAUUCGGGAGCCUGGGGGGAGGCUCCAGCAGGCUCUCCUCCGUGCGUGUCGGGGGAGGAGGCUACAGGGCCCCCAGCGUGCACGGGGGCUCUGGCAGCUACUCCGUCUCUUCCCGCAUGGUCUCGGGGCUCGGCAGCGGCUUCGGGGGCAGCUACUGCAGCAGCGCAGGAGGGACCCUCGGAGGGGGCUUCGGGGGCAGCUUUGGGGGAGCCUUUGGGGGAGGCUUUGGGGGAGGCUUUGGAGGAGGCUUUGGAGGCGGCGAUGGCAUCCUGCCGGCGGGGGAGAAGGAGACCAUGCAGAACCUCAAUGACCGCCUGGCCAGCUACCUGGACAAGGUGCGAGCCCUGGAGGAGGCCAACACCGACCUGGAGGUGAAGAUCAGGGAGUGGUACAAGAAGCAGGCGCCUGGUCCUGAUCGUGACUACAGCCCCUACUACAGGACUAUCGAGGAGCUCAGGAACAAGAUUCUUUCUGCAACUGUUGAAAAUGCCAACAUCGUCCUGCAGAUUGACAAUGCCAGGCUGGCAGCAGACGACUUCCGAACCAAGUUUGAGUCGGAGCAGGCUCUGCGCAUGAGUGUGGAGGCCGACAUCAACGGGCUGCGCCGGGUCCUGGAUGAGCUGACCCUGUCCAGAGCUGACCUGGAGAUGCAGAUCGAGAACCUGAAGGAGGAGCUGGCUUAUCUGAAGAAGAACCAUGAGGAGGAAAUGACCGCCCUGCGCGGGCAGGUGGGUGGGGAGAUCAGCGUGGAGAUGGACGCUGCUCCCGGCAUCGACCUCACCAAGAUCCUGGCGGAGAUGCGGGAGCAGUACGAGAGCCUGGCGGAGAAGAACCGCAGGGACGCCGAGCAGUGGUUCUUCAGCAAGACGGAAGAGCUGAACCGGGAGGUGGCCAUCAACACGGAGCAGCUGCAGAGCGGCAAGACGGAGAUCACGGAGCUGCGGCGCACGAUCCAGAGCCUGGAGAUCGACCUGCAGUCACAGCUCAGCACGAAAGCGGCGCUGGAGGGCACCCUGGCCGACACCGAGGCGCGCUACAGCACCCAGCUGGCCCAGCUGCAGAUGCUGAUCAGCAGCGUGGAGGAGCAGCUGGCGGAGCUGCGCUGUGACAUGGAGCGCCAGAACCACGAGUACAGGGCCCUGCUGGACGUCAAGUGCCGCCUGGAGCAGGAGAUCGCCACGUACCGCCGGCUGCUGGAGGGCGAGGACGCCCACAUCUCCUCCCAGUACUCAUCCGCCACGUCCUCACAUUCUGGCAGAGAUGUCAUGACAUCGUCCCGCCAGGUGCGCACGAUCGUAGAGGAGGUGCAGGAUGGAAAGGUGGUCUCCUCCCGGGAGCAGGUUGCACUCACCACUCGCUAG